GCGUAUCAGCGUUUAGAACAUCGGAUUCGACACAAAUUUCUCUGCAAGGCGAUUCGCGAUCACAUUUUCAGCACGGAAAACGUCUGGGCAAGCUGCUUGAUUUUAAAAUAUAUGAUUAAUAUAAAAAAAAAAUGACAAAAUUGUAAAAGAAUAAGGAGGUGGUUGGAGAAUCUAUUAGUGGGCGUGAAAGGGGCGUCUACAGAAGGAAAGCCUUCCCUCGUGCCUGCCUCUUACAAAGUCUUCUUCAUCAUUAGCUGCAACAGCCUAUGACGUUUUAAUCUUGCAGCCCACAAGCAGAGGAUGCCCGUCAAUAGCUGGGGGUACGGUAAAGAAAACGCAGGAGAAAUUAAAGAAUCAAGCCGGCCGUAUGUGAGUCCUGGACCAGGUUUCGCUCAACCCAGCAAGGUCCAUCGGUAUGGCACAAACAUUUCCCUGUUGCUCAGGGGAACAGGCAAUCUCCCAUCAAUAUCCUACCAAGCCAGGCCUCAUAUGACCCCAGCCUGCAACCCAUUCUCCUCAACUAUGACCAGUGUUCCUCUAUGAACAUCUCCAACAAUGGGCAUUCGGUUGUGGUCGACUUUGAUGACACAGAUGACCGUUCUGUGAUCCAAGGAGGUCCUCUAGACAACCCAUAUAGACUGAAACAGUUUCAUUUCCACUGGGGUGGAAAAGGGUGCCAUGGCUCUGAGCACACUGUUGCAGGCCACUGUUAUGCAUCAGAGCUUCAUUUGGUUCACUGGAAUGCAGUCAAGUACAAGACAUUUGGAGAGGCAGCAGCAGCUCCUGAUGGACUUACUGUCCUUGGUCUCUUUUUAGAAAUUGGUGAGGAACACGGAUGGCUCCAUAUGAUAACAGAUGCGCUGUACAUGGUAAAGUUCAAGGGUAGUGUCACAGAUUUCAAAAGUUUCAACCCCAAGUGCCUCUUACCAAGUAGCCUCCAAUACUGGACCUACUUGGGAUCACUGACUACCCCGCCACUAUUCGAAAGUGUCAUCUGGAUCAUCCUGAAGGAGCCAAUCACUGUAUCAGAAAGGCAGCUGGCCAAAUUCCGAAUGCUUCUGUUCACUGGAGAGGAUGAGGGCCAGAGAAUACGUAUGGAAAACAACUUCAGGACUCCUCAACCCCUGAAAGACAGGGAAGUGCAUUCAUCCAAUUAAUGGAACUGCAAAACCCAGCGAUGUAGCAAACUCUUGGAGAUGAUUGAGUGAAUGCAACAAUACCAGCAUAUUUUUCAUUUUCUUUUUUACUUUA